GGGAAGCCCUCCCCGGAAGGUCGAAGAUGGCGGUGAACCAGCACCACAUGGAGGACCAGCGCGACGGCGUCAUCAUCCCGCCAGGCGAGAGUAUUCUGAUGCGCUAUGAAGAUGUGGAACUCUCCUUCUCUAACAUGUCUGACUCGUCCAACCUCUUCAGGAGCUCCAGGAAGGGGCAGCUGUACCUCACUCAGUACAGGGUGAUCUUUGUUGCCUCACGCCGUGCCAAGGACGCCCUCAUGUCCUUCAUGAUGCCCUUCAAUCUGAUGAGCAACUAUACGGUGGAGCAGCCCGCCUUUGGCUCCAACUACUUGAAAGGAACCAUCUCUGCUGCACCGAAUGGGGGCUGGGAAGGACAGGGCACCUUCAAACUGACCUUCCGGAGUGGGGGCGCCAUUGAGUUUGGCCGGCUGAUGAUUCAGUGCGCCUCCAAUGCCGCUAAAGGGCUCCCGCCUCCGGUGACGGUGUUCGGCUUCAGCCCCCAGGCCAGCCUUUUCCUCGCUGUGAACGCCCGCGGGGUCCCUUCGGGCCAGACCCAGGUCAUCUACGUGAUGCCCAACAACUCAGCCUACAUGCCAUCCUCCUCAGGGUAUCAGAUCGCUGCCACAGCAGUCCCUGGUUUUGGGGUUCCUCCCCCUGGAUACGGACCCCCUCUUGGAUACGGAUCUCCUCCCCCUGGAUAUGUGCCCCCUCCUCCUGGAUUCGUGCCCCCUCCCCCUGGAUUCGUGCCCCCUCCCCAUGGAUUCAUGCCCCCUCUCCUGCAUACGGAGCCCCAGCAUUUCCCAAUGCAGGGCCUCCUCCUGCCCAGGCCGCAAACACUGACCCUUCCGACUCCCAAGCCCCUACAGGCAAAUCAGAAUCCAAAAGCCCAGAAUGACGGCAUUCGGCCUGGCGCGAAGACCUCUCCAGCGGUCCACCACUCUGGCCCUUCGCUUGGGAGGCAGGAGCUUCGAUUGGGGGCAGCCCACCUUCCUCAUCACUUCCUGAGGAGAUGGAGAAGGAGCAUCAGACAACUUUCCUGUUUUCACACCGAACCAGUGGCCUGCUCUCCCAUCUUCUCUCCCGGACCUCUGUCUCAGGCACCAUGGGAAUAUGGAGCAAGGCAGCCAAGGGCCACCCGGUCCAAAUGUGGCCAUCACGCUUCAGGAGAGGAGUCUUUGGAGCCAUAGGGGUCGGCGUCAACCUGGGCCCUUGGUGGGGCGAAAUAAAGUGA